CACAUGUGGACCAGUGGACCCACCGCUCCCUGCCAGCUCUUCCAGCCCCGCUUGCGAGCCCGUCCUUAAAUUCAGCCUGCGCGUGUCGCAGAAAAUUUCACGAUCUCUUCCACUCCCACUUCUCUCUGCACCAGCACCCAAUCCAACCUGCGCAGCGCGCCACUGCUCUCCUUGCGCCUCGAGUCUACUCAUACUCUUGGUGCUCUGCUAGAGACAGCAAUGUGAAGACUCGGACCGCCUUGUCCCAAUCGAGCAAGCCGAAGACGAUUAUUCCUGCAGCGCGACUCGACGUCCACCUGGUCGACCACCAUGGCAGCCUCUUCGAAAAGUGCGCCUAUUCCCCUGAAGAUGGACGGCUUCACAGUCGGCAUCAUUGGCAUGGGUGACAUGGGCAAGAUGUAUGCCCGGAGGCUCAGCGAAGCUGGAUGGAGGAUCAUGGCCUGUGACCGAGAAGAGCAUUACGAGAAGCUACAGCAAGAGUUUGCUGGCAUGAGCAAUAUACAAAUCCUCCGAAAUGGCCACUACGUGUCCCGCAUAAGCGACUACAUCAUCUACAGCGUGGAAGCUGCUGCCAUUGACCGUGUUGUUGCCGAGUUUGGACCAUCGACCAAGCUCAAUGCCAUUGUGGGCGGCCAGACGUCCUGCAAGGAUCCCGAGAUCAAGGCCUUUGAGAAGCACCUGCCGCCAGACGUGGACAUUGUCUCGUGCCACUCGCUUCAUGGACCCCGGGUCGAUUCGAAGGACCAGCCUCUUGUCCUCAUCAAGCACCGGGCCAGCAAUGACUCGUUCAUCAAAGUCGAGACGGUCCUGCGGUGCUUGCAGUCGAAGCACGUCUACCUCUCGGUCCACGAGCACGACCGCAUCACAGCAGACACCCAGGCCGUCACGCACGUCGCAUUCCUGAGCAUGGGCAAGGCCUGGCACGCCUCGCAGCAAUUCCCCUGGGAGGGUGCGCGCUACGUCGGCGGCAUCGAGAACGUCAAGAUCAACCUGACCCUGCGGAUCUACAGCCAGAAAUGGCACGUGUACGCAGGCCUCGCGAUCCUGAAUCCAGAGGCUCGCAAGCAGAUUGCCCAGUACGCAACCUCGACGACAGAGCUGUACAAGCUGAUGCUCGGCGGACAGGCCGCCGAGCUACGGCAGCGCGUGCUCCGCGCAAAGGAGCGGGUUUUUGGCACCGAGGACAGCCCGCGCUGGGAUGCGAACCCGCUCCUGGACGACCGCGUGCUGGACCAGUUCAGCAUUGGUGGCACAGGGGCGCAACAGCCAGUCGCUCCACUUCCCAACAACCAUCUCUCCCUGCUUGCCAUGGUGGACUGCUGGUCCGAGCUGGGCAUCCGCCCGUACGACCACAUGAUUUGCAGCACGCCGCUGUUCCGGCUGUGGCUCGGCGUCACAGAGCACCUGUUCCGUGAUCCCGCGCGGCUGGACGACGCGCUGCGCAUCUCGAUCGAGGACAACACCUUCCGGUCUGACGAUCUUGAGUUUACCUUUGCGGCGAGGGGAUGGGCAGAGUGUGUGAACCUGGGACACUUUGAUACCUGGCGCGAGCGGUUUGUUGUUACACAGCGGUUCUUCGAGCCGCGGUUUCCGGGUGCGAUUGAGAUUGGAACGGCGAUGGUCAAGGCGGUGUUGGAGAGCACGAGGUCGUAAGGGCUGUGCUGCUCUUUUCCAUUUUUCGAAGUUGCCAAGCGGGGUAAUCAAUAUGGAUAUUGACAUGCUUACAUGGUGU